AUGAAGCCCUACAUUCUGGUCGUCGAGGAUGAGGCGGCGCUGCUCACGCUGCUCCGCUACAACCUGGAGAAAGGCGGCUUCGAGGUGGGCGAGGCCGUCGACGGCGAAGAGGCGCUGCUCAUGGUCGACGAGCGGCGCCCCGACCUGAUGGUGCUCGACUGGAUGUUGCCGACGCUUUCCGGCAUCGAGGUCUGCCGCAGGAUCAGGCGCAAGCCGGACGCGCAGCCGCUCCCCAUCGUCAUGCUCACGGCGCGCGGCGAAGAGGCGGACAGGGUGCGCGGCCUCGACGGCGGCGCCGACGACUAUGUCGUCAAGCCCUUCUCACCGGCCGAGCUUCUGGCCCGCAUCCGCGCGAUCUUGAGGCGCAUGCGGCCUGCGCUCGGCGACGAAGUACUGAACUAUGACGACCUCAGGAUGGACCUCGCCGCCCACAAGGUCACACGCGGGGAAGCGCCGGUCCAUCUCGGGCCGACCGAGUUCCGGCUGCUGCGCCACCUGAUGGAGCAUCCGGGCCGCGUCUUCUCGCGCGAGCAGCUCCUCGAUUCGGUCUGGGGCCCGGACAUCUUCAUCGAGAGCCGGACGGUCGACGUGCACGUGCGCCGGCUGCGCCAGGCGCUCAACGCCGACCGUCGCCCGGACCUGAUCAGGACCGUCCGCUCGGCCGGCUACGCCCUCGAUUCAAGCGCCGGGAUAGACCGUCAAGGGCGCAGGCUGCGUUGA